GCUGACCAGAGGUGCAUACUAUUUGGUGUGCUGUAAUCUGUACUUGUAAGGCUGAAGUCUCUUUGAUCUAGAACAGCUCCAGCAUUACCAGUAUUUUAAGCAGUGCACAUAUUCUUCUGGUCACGCACGUCUAUCCUCUUUCUCUGAGAGUAAUUGCCCUUGCUUCUUUGAAAGUUAUCUUCCCUUGUUUCUUCCUGCUGGAACUGCUUUGAUUGGUUUAUUGGUUACCUCAUCUCAACUGCAUCCAUGCAGUUAAAGGUUAUUUUUAUAUUGUUAAUAUAAUUAAAUAGUUAAGUGAUUUUGAUCAACUUAUAUAUAUGUACAUGUACAUGUAAGCAACAAAUGUACAUUGUAUUGUGUACAUAUUUGCUUAUAUUCACCCCCACCCCCGUACAUAUGCAUGUGUAAUACAUGUUGUAUAGUGUAUACAUGUACACAUUGGUACAUGUAUGUUCAACUUUUUAAGGUUACAGCAUACAGUUUGACCAAGUGUAUAUUGGUUGUACCAUCAUGGUAGGCUCAGAGCUGUCACCUCUAAAAUCCCACUUUAUGUACAGGUUGGUAAAUAAAAAUACAAAAGAAACUAAAAUCAUUUGUAUAUUUUACAAUAGUAUAAGAUAUAUUGUAAAUGUAUGAAAGUCACUAUAAUUUCUUUAAGACAAUUAAUUAAAUGUAAAUUGAUUUUUUUUUUUAAAUUAAGUUAUAUAUAUUUUUUUAAUCUAUGAGGAGUAAUAAGCUUAGACCUGAUCUUCAAUAUUAACUAGUUAGAAAGAGGGAAGAUGUUAUUAAAGGUUAUUUUAGUUCUUCGUUAUUUUAAGCAAGUGUUUAUUGAAAAUAAAAUAAAACUUUUGUCUUUGUGACAGUUGUGCAGUUCAUUCAUCAUGUUGACCCAUCAGGUAUUGAGGUCGGAGGAACACAAAGCAACGUUUGUAUGAUUAUAGGUUGAGUCGACUUCAUUUAGUCAAACUGAAAAUAUAUAUGUACUUUCCUAAAUAAGACCCCAUUCAGUUUAUUUGAAUAACAAUGAAUUCCAGAGUAGAAAUGAAUGAAUCAGUUGAAGAUACAUGUAAGUUGGAUGGCGAUGGUGGUAUGCAGAUUAGUAACAACUGUACGUCUGAAGUCUCAUCUCAUUUGAAACGGAAGUGUGGCUCAGACUCUAACAUUGACGAAGAGGACAGUGAGUUGCCAUCAUCAAGUCAUAUGUCCAAUUCAAAAUUUGACCAGUUGGACUGUGAAAAUGAUGUUGGUGAUGACAGCAGCAUUCAGGGGGAAUCGUCUGUCAGUCGUCAAGGUGAUGGCGAUGAACCUCCGAGAAAGAAACUCCGAGACCUUAUCAGUAUUGAAAGCAAACGGAACAUGAUUGAUCAAGAUAAAUUUGACCUGGAAAUCAUUGACGACAUCGAGGGCGAUGAUGACGAAGAUGACAGUAAAGGGGAGGACAGCGAUGGAGAGUAUGUUGAUGACAAUGAAAUUUAUGCCUGGCUGGAGGAAGGAAUCAACAAAGAGUCUAUUGGAGCAGAUGGAAAUGAUAAGGAACCAAUACUCAGGGAAAAAAUUGUACUCAAAGAACUCUGCCAUGAUCCAUUUAACAUCAUUCCUGAAGGAUGGGUUGUGGUCACUCACAAUUGUGGCAUGCCAGUCUACCUCCACAAGGAUUCAAGGGUGGUCACUCUGUCACAGCCCUAUUUCUUGGGACCUGGUAGUGUCCGGAAACACAACAUUCCUCUUAGUGCCAUUCCAUGUCUACACUAUCGGCGGUGUUUAGAUAAAACUGAAGAUCAAAACAAGGAGAACCCACCAAGUAACUGUGUGAAUGAGAAUUUCAGUCCCAACUGCACUUCAACCACAGAGGGACAGGAAUCGGUUCCGGUCUGUCCACGUAGAAGCGGAGAGAAGGAGAGUCCGACACCACACGAUGGGACUAAGAGUGGUUCUAAAGUAGAAGUAAUAGCUGAAUGUGAUUCUUCACAGCUGGUGCAAAAAGCUGGUGAUCCACAGCAGACGGAUUCAGUGCCCUCUUCAACAGUAAGUCACAAUGAUCAGGAUAUUGCUGGCGACACUCGUGAAGAUUCAGACACAGCUGAUGUUGUCAAGAGAAGCAAGCCCCAAGAUGCAGAAAGCAGUGAUCAUGAUGGUCCUGAACAGAAUGUUAACACAGUAAUUACAAAUGGGAUUGUUUCGAAGAAUGAAUCUUCUCGGGCAAGCACCACGAAUGUAGAUGAAUGUGUUGAGACUCCGAAUGAUAAUUGUUUAGAUAGAAAAGGUGUUUAUGGCUCAUCUGUUAACAUUCCUGCCGUUAAAGUAGAGAGUGCUGGCCAGCGGUUGAAAGAAUCAUCUUUAGAUGCUCAAGAAGUUAGAAAGUAUUGUGAGAAGUUGUUCCAGUUUAAAAUUAUAACUGUUAGAAAGUACAAGACUUGGAGAGAGAGGAGAAGACAUUUCCUGCAGAUCAAGAAACAAUCUCGGCCUGAGCUGCCUAUGAACACCAAAUUGAUCACCUGUCCACUGCCAAACUCGAACAAACCAGGAGAAAAGGGUGGCAAGAGAAAAGAUUUUGUUCUGAAUCCGUCCGGCAAGUCUCAUGUUUGUAUUCUCCAUGAGUAUGUCCAGCACACAAUGCGUGUCCAGCCCAGAUAUGUUUUCAAGGAGCUAGAAAAUGCAGCAACUCCAUACAGUGCCAGAGUAAUCAUUGAGGAUGUAGAAUAUGGUAUAGGUUAUGCCUCCAGCAAGAAAGCAGCUAAGUUAGAAGCAGCAAAGAAUACUUUAAAGAUCUUGAUUCCAGAGAUGAAUAAAGUGGACAAUGAAGAUCACAAAACAUUAGAUGAUGAUUUUUCUUUUUUCGACAACAUUAAAAUUGAAGACCCGCGAGUGUUUGAACUGGGAACUAAAGCCGGUCAUCAGAGUCCCAAUCAGAUUCUCUGUGAAUGUCUCAGAAGAAACUACGGACUGGGUGACACACACUGCGAGAUGACUAUGAGGAAAAUUAAAAACCAAAAAAGUGAAUUCACAAUGACAGUUGGAAAGCAUACGGCUACGGUCAUUGCAAAAAAUAAACGAGAUGGUAAACAGCAGGCUGCUCAAGCUAUUUUACAGAAACUCCACUCACAUGUGACCAGCUGGGGAUCUAUACUACGUCUGUAUGGCAAGGGAUCUCAAAAGGGAUUUGCUGAAAAGAAAGAUGAACUGAAUAUAAGUGAGCUCCAGAGUCAAGCAAAAGCAAACCGAUCUUCCAACCCAAUUCUUGAAAAACUCAAAGAAGAGAUGCAUAAGUUACAUGAGUGCAAGGUGGCAAUGAAAUCGAAAGGAAAACUACGGAUUGAAAGCACAGAGCUUCCCCUCAAAGUUCCCAGUCUGGAUUUGUGAAAUAUUCAUUAUAUUUACAUGUAUUCUGCUUACAAGUUUUAUUUCUAUUUGCAUAUAUGUGUCAUAAUUUAUUACAUUGUACAAGGUAUUUGAUACUUUUUCACAUGAAAUGUGCCUAAUCGUGGUGUCAUGUUUGUCAUUUAGAGAUGUCUAUUUGUGUUAUUUAUUUAUUGGUUUAUCAUUCUAUAAAGACCUGUGAUAUAUCAACACUGGAAUCUUUCUGUUGUAGACCAGAAAUCACCCUUUUUAAAAUGCUAUGCAGAAUGAAAAAUCACCAUAAGGCUUCUGAUAUUGCACGAGAUGAAGAAUGUUAUUGAUUUAUAACCUACACCUAUUUCAGAUCUAGAUAUUGUUUGUGUUAAUAAUUAGGUCUGUCUUAUGGCAUUUGUUUCCACAAGAAAAACGGGCAGCUGAUGAAAGUUUACAUUGUUAAUAUAAAAAGAUGAUAAUUUGAAAAUUUAACAAAAAUGUAGUUACUUUUUUUCUUCUAUUCUAUGCAUUUCUGUUUGUUAAACAUCAGAAGUGUUCUGUGUCACAAAUAACCACAUGAUAAUGAAUUGACCAUUCAGCAUACCAAUAUUGUUUAAGAUGAUUUCAUCCACAUCCAAGGGCUUUAACUAUCUAGGCUGUAUAUCUGUCUGUCUGGAUUAAUGUUUUGUGAGAGAGACGUUGAUGUAGUUUUUUGACAUAUCCCCACCGAGCCAUUUAAAAACGUUUUCUCUGUGUGAGCCGGUACUAGGGUGUGAACCCAAUACCUACCAGCUUUAAGUCUGAUGUCUUCACCACUACAUCACAAAGAUGGUAAUAGUUUUAUCAGUCUCCAUGUAUCAGUAUUCUGUUUUUAAUAGUGUAGAAAAUUGCUUGAUAUAUUUGGACAAAAUAAUAAAUUAAUGCUUAUAUAGCAAAUAGUUCUUGUGUUUUAGAGGAAUCUGAGGUUUAAUAUAUUAACAUCAUAUAUUCAGUAUUUUUGUCUUGUCAACAAAUAGUGCUAUUUAUUAGUAUAUAAUAUUAUGUAUGUAUUGAAGUGAAUGUUUGAUUAUAUAUUAUUUAAACAUUUUGUAGUUAAUUUACACCAGUGUAAAUAUAACUUUUAAUUAUUUUUAAAUGUCUGCUUGCUGCAUUCCUUAAACUGCAUAAUAUCUAUCUCAAGUGUCUCGUACAAUCCACGGCUAGAGGACACUUGAGCUACAUAAUAUCAAGAGAUAUGUUUGGUAAAGCUACAUGUACUCUGGGUGUAAAGUAAGCAUGAAUUGUGUUUAGUAAUCAUCAAAGUACUGGGAGAGUGUUAUUAAAUUAAUAUAGAAGCUGACCUAUUUAUUAAAACAUUUGUAUCCAUCUGGAAAUUAAUUAAGUACCACUUAGUGUUGUUUUGGAGUUGUUUUGGGGAUUUUUUGGUGGGGGGGGUAGGGGGGGGUGGGUCUUCAAAUAAAUGUCCUUGCUAUACAGUAAAUAUUGCCAUGCAUUGUGUUUUCAGAAAGUGGCUGAUGUAGUGUUUGUAAUGUCGCCAUGACAAUUAAACAAACUUUCAGGAAUAAAAUUAUUUUUUACACAGUGUAUUAAGGUGCAUUUUCCAAGUUGCAGGUGUGAUAUUUCACUUACUGUUGCAUGAAUUUGUGAUACAUAACUAAAACUUAAUCAAUUCCAAAUAUAAUAUUUGUAUAAUUAACUCGAAAACCAACAUUUUAAUGUGUUGCCACUCGGAGUAAAGAGUGGUUUCUUUGAAAAAUUCUUGACAAAAUAUGAAGUGCAGAGAAAAUGUUCAUGGCGUAUCCAUUAAAAUAUCAACCACUUCUCUCGAUUUGAAUUCAAACGGUGACAUCAAGUUCUCUCUUUGUCAAUAUGGAGAUGCAAUUUGAAUUCAAAUGGUGACAUCAAGUUCUUGGUCUGUCAAUAUGGAGAUGUAUUUGAAUUCAAACGGUGAUAUCAAGUUCUCUCUCUGUCGAUAUGGAGAUGCAAUUUGAAUUCAACAGUCACAUCAAGUUCUCCCUUUUGACAUGGAGAUGUGAUUUGAAUUCAAACAGUAACUUGAUGUGGAGAUGCCAUUUGAAUUCAAACAGUGACAUUAAGUUCUCUCUCUAUCAAUAUGGAGAUGCGAUUUGAAUUCAAACGGUGACAUCAAGUUCUCUCUCUGUCAAUAUGGAGAUGCAGUAUUCAGUCUGUGACAUCAAGUUCUCGGUCUGUCAAUAUGGUGAUGUGAUUUGAAUUCAAGCGGUGAUAUCAAUUCUCCGUCGAUAUGGAGAUCCGAUUUGAAUUCAACACUCACAUCAAGUUCUCACUUUCGACAUGGAGAUGCCAUUUGAAUUCAAACGGUGACUAGAUAUGGAGAUGCCAUUUGAAUUCAAACAGUGACAUCAAGUUCUCUGUCGAUAUGGAGAUGCGAUUUGAAUUCAACGGUGACAUCAAGUUCUCUGUAGAUAUGGAGAUGCGAUUUGAAUUCAACAGUGACAUCAAGUUCUUGGUCUGUUGAUAUCGAGAUUUAAUUUGAAUUCAACAGUGACAUCAAGUUCUCUCUGUCAAUAUGGAGAUGUGAUUUGAAUUCAAACGGUGACAUCAAAUUCUCUCUGUCGAUAUGGAGAUGCAAUUUGAAUUCAACAGUCACAUCAAGUUCUCCCUUUUGACAUGGAGAUGUGAUUUGAAUUCAAACAGUGACUUGAUGUGGAGAUGCCAUUUGAAUUCAAACAGUGACAUUAAGUUCUCUCUCUAUCAAUAUGGAGAUGCGAUUUGAAUUCAAACGGUGACAUCAAGUUCUCUCUCUGUCAAUAUGGAGAUGCAGUAUUCAGUCUGUGACAUCAAGUUCUCGGUCUGUCAAUAUGGUGAUGUGAUUUGAAUUCAAGCGGUGAUAUCAAUUCUCCGUCGAUAUGGAGAUCCGAUUUGAAUUCAACACUCACAUCAAGUUCUCACUUUCGACAUGGAGAUGCCAUUUGAAUUCAAACGGUGACUAGAUAUGGAGAUGCCAUUUGAAUUCAAACAGUGACAUCAAGUUCUCUGUCGAUAUGGAGAUGCGAUUUGAAUUCAACGGUGACAUCAAGUUCUCUGUAGAUAUGGAGAUGCGAUUUGAAUUCAACAGUGACAUCAAGUUCUUGGUCUGUUGAUAUCGAGAUUUAAUUUGAAUUCAACAGUGACAUCAAGUUCUCUCUGUCAAUAUGGAGAUGUGAUUUGAAUUCAAACGGUGACAUCAAAUUCUCUCUCUGUCGAUAUGGAGAUGUGAUUUGAAUUCAAACAUUGACAUCACACAUUGACCUGUCCGUCACUCUUAAUGGGUUUUGUAAUAAAUUUAUAAAAUAGUAGUAAAUGAAAUUAUUUGGAUUUAAGUUUCUGUUGACAUAUCAUUCCAAAUACUGGUAUAAUGUUUACAUUUCACAAUAAAAUGACCAGAUAUUUUUGGUGAUUAUGGAACUUUGAGACUGCCCCUUGAACUAGACCUGUAAUUAUUAAUUCUAAUAACAACAUGAUUCAAAAUUUAUUUAAAAGAUAUCAUAUGUCUACUAGUUUGUAUGCAUUAACUAUUUAUGAACUGACACAAUCAGUGUAACUGGCCGAACCAGUGAUUCCACUCUAUGUUCAUUUCAGCAGUAUUCUGAUUAAUUCAUUGACAUAUCAUUACAUUUUUUUAAAGGUAUCAAAAGGUGACGAAAAAUAAUCAUGUAAAGAUAUGCAAGUGACAAUGCUAAUUUUGCAUUUUAAUUGAUUUGUACCUGCAGGUGUUCCUUGUAUCUCGAAUAUUGUAGGUGCAGGAUCAGUAUUGUCACUGAUUCUCAUACAAAUCAGUUAUUGCAACAACAAAAAAAAACCCAGAUGUUAUACAUGAAUGCAAAGCAACUGAUGGACAGUUUCUUGGUUGUGAAUUUAUAGAAGAUGGUUCCCAAAGAAAAUCAUGCUGCGAUAGCCUAUAAAUUUGCUUCACAACCCUUUGUUUGCCUUCUGACUACACUACAGUUUAAAGCUAAAAUGCUAUUAUUUAUAAUUACACUUGCGAGACGAGUAUCUUGGGGUGGUUAUAUAUGCAUUGUAGCUUGUAUUGUGCAAUAUAUUAUGCUUUAUUUUUUUGCAAUUGUGUGUGAUUCCAUUAAGUGAAUAAAAUGAUUUUCAAAACAAA